AUGAUAUCUCAAAAAGCUAAAAGCAUAACAGUCGCUAUUUUAUUAUUCACUGUUAUGGUUGUUGUCAUGAACUCCUUAAGCAGUUAGAGUUCAUAAAGCUUAAGAUUAACUUCUGAUGCUUUAUAAACUAACUAAACUUGCUAUGGUGUCAUUUUUGAUGCAGGUUCAUCUUCAACUAAACUUGGUGUCUACUCAUGGCCUUGCAGAAAUGAUGUCUCAAUUCCUUAGAUUAAUCCUGUUACAAUUCUUAGUGAUAAAAUAUCACCAGGUUUAUCUACCUUUGCUAAUAAUUUGACAGCAAUUGAAGGUUAUUUGAGCGGACUUUUACUUAAAGUAAAGUCUGUUGUACCAACUGAAUUAUAAUCUACUACUCCUAUCAUGUUAGGAGCAACUGCUGGUAUGAGACUUAUUCCUAUUGAGCAAUAAACAGCUAUCCUUGCAUAAACCUACUAAUUCUUCAAUAACAGUGGAUUUUAUUUCUAAGGCGAUAAAUGGAACAGAGUAAUUACAGGCUAAGAAGAAGGAACAUUCUUGUGGAUUGCAACUAAUUAUUUAAAAGGAACUAUAAAGAACAACACCGAUUUAUAUGGCACCAACAAUCAAACAUUUGCAACUAUCGAUCUUGGUGGAGCUUCAACUCAAAUUUCCUUCAAACCUGCUCCUCCUGAGCAAACUGACGAAUACGACUUCAAUGUCACUCUUCCUGAAAAUAAUGACUACACUCUAUAUUCUAUUUCUUAUUUAGGAUAUGGUAAUGACCAAGCAAGAAACAAUGUUGUUUAACUCUCCACAAACAAAACUAGUAACAUCACUUUUACAGGCUGCUACAACAACGGAUACGAAACAUAGUUAAAUGGCACUACCAUUUAAGGUAACUCAAAUGCAGAAGAAUGUGUGAGAAAUAUUCAAGAGUUUUUAAAUUCUACAAACUGCAAUUAUUCAUAUUAAUCAUGUUCAAUAAACAGUACUUACCAAGCAAUUAUUCCUGAAAGCACUUAAAUCAUUGCUGUCAGUGGUGUUAAUGCAGCCAUGACAUCUUUUAACAUGUCUUCUCCUUUUAGCCCUUACUAAUUACUUGAAAAAGCCUAAAAUUUCUGCAGCCUCGACUUCUAGACAGUUUCCGAGUUAGAACCUACCAAUCCUUAUAUUUCUACAAAAUGCUUCUUAGGUUUGUACGCUUCUACCCUUUUAAUUGAUGGAUAUAAAGUAGGCAAUAGAUUUAUUGAAUCACCUAGCAAAAUUAAAGGUGCUGAACCUACUUGGUCAUUAGGAUUUUUGUUUAAUGAAGUCUCUAAUAUGAAUUGUGAUCUCUCUGAUGAAGCUUGUAAAGGUUUACAAAGUAUUUUCAAAGCUUUUAAGUUAUGA